UUCCGCACGCUAUACCCUUCAGUUAGCAGCCCUUCGGUCUCCUAGCAACUGCUACAAACCUUGUAGUGCAUCUCUUUGUGUGUGGAGGAGUGUUUGUUGCGUAGUGAAAAUUUUAGUUUUGUUUUUGUUUGUUUGUUAGUUUAUUAUUAUUUUUUUUUUGUAAUAAUGAAUAGUGAUAUAAAUCAGGAAACGUUACAGGAGCUUUACGCAUGGAUCGACCAAAUUCCUCUCUCCAGACCUAAACGAAAUAUAGCCAGGGAUUUUGGUGAUGGAGUUAUGGCAGCAGAGGUUGUGAAGUACUUUUUUCCAAAACUUGUAGAACUGCAUAACUAUAUACCAGCAAACUCCACCCAACAAAAACUCAGUAACUGGGGGACAUUGAACAGGAAGGUGUUUUCCAAGUUUAACUUUCAUGUACCAGAAGAAACUGUAAAAAAGAUUAUUUUAAGUACAAAUGGAGUUAUUGAAACUGUCCUCUGCACACUAAGAGAUAGGAUUGAAGAGAAACGUGCUGGGAAACCCCUCACUCAGAUACCCCAGGGGCAACUACAGGAUUUGGGAUAUUAUAGUAUCACUGAUCAAAAGCCAUCAGAAGAAUAUGUACAGAUUUCCAAGCAGUCUAAUAUUCAAAUGCAGAAGCAAGAGGAAUGGAAAUAUACACAGAGAGACAGACCAGGACACAACAUUAACCAGCAUGCCCAUUUGGAUCCUUCAGUACGUCUACUAAUGGAGGAAAAAGAUCAGGCACUGCUAGCUCUACACGAGACUGUGGAGAUUUUGCAAAUGAAAGUGCACCGACUGGAGCAUCUGGUACAGCUGAAAGACCUGCGCAUUGAAGAUUUAACAAAACACUUGGAAAAAUAUAAAUCAAGACCUUAUAUCAAAUGAAGUCAGUUCAGAACAUUCAAAAACAAUUAGUCUUAAUACAAAUAUUCUGCUUUCAAAUAUAAUGGAUGUUGCUCUUAAUUAGGCUUAGUAACAAAGUGUUAAAAUAAGAAGCAUCAGGGAAUUGAAUCUGGUAUGCAUAGAAUCAGGGAUCACAUGUAUUAAAAAUACCUCUUGAGAUACUGUAUGGGGAUAUAAACCCAACUAGAGAUGGUUCUAUUUUCCUUUCUUGCAACUUGUAAGUGUAAGGAAAUACUGUCCUUAAACUUUUUUUUGUGCUAAGACACUUAAGAUUUACAAGUUAGAAUAGAACUGUCUUAUUUCUAUCUUUUCUUUGGUGUUUCUCUAUGGGUUGGUAUUACAUUUUCUAUAUUUAUUUAAGACCAGGCACUCACAGGUCAAUACUCUUUCCAGAGGUUUUGCAGAAAGUCACUUUUCUUGCAGUUGGGGUUGCCUGGUUUUCUAAAUAUACAAUGCAUGUCAUAUAUAUUUUAUAACCAAUUCAUCCAAUUAAACCAGCCAUGGAUAGAUUGCUAUGGGCUAUAGAUAAUUUUGGGUCUGUGAUAUGAGCACCCAUAGGAAAUGGGCUGACAUCACAUGAACUUGCUUUACAUUGACUCUAACUGACAUCAGAUGAAAAUGUUUUUAUAAUCUACAGUACCAACAUUGUUCAAAUCUAAUUAGUGACUUAAAGGCUGAUUUUGUGUAUCCUAUUACCAAUCCUCUAAGAUACAUAUAUCAAACAGUAAAUAACAUAAAAGCAAAGAUUCCUCCUUAGAUCUUCAUACUUAGAUCAGUCCCAGGGCAGCAGGUCUGUUUGAACUCCCCAAUGCUCUGGGAAUAGUUUCCUACAUAUUCUUCAAACCUAUUUGUGGCCAGGCUUAUUUUCUACUUUUUGAGUGUUAGUUUUCUCCAUGCAUAGAAUACUGAGGUGCCUUCUCAUAAAAAAUCACUAAUAUUUUGUUAUAAUUUCUACUAUCUACUUACAAUAUGUACUGAAGACUUAUAAUUGUAUUAGUUUUACAAAAAUGCAUUCUUAUAUUUAGCACUCUACUACAUAAUUCACAAUGAUACUGGUAUCUCUACUGUGUAUGGAACUCAUAUUGCUCGCUCUACAAUGUAACAAAGUGGCUCUUGAAAUACAAGGGCUCAGAAGUUUUAAAGGUAAAUGGUAAUAAAGAAAUAUGGAAUUUUACCAGAUGAGGAAGGCUCUUCUAUAAGACCUAUUCAAUUGAUCUAAACGGUUUGAUAAUUAAAAUAUGACUUUUUGUGUAAAAAGGUUAACAGCUCAUAGUCUCUGAAGUGUACUUCUGCAUGUAAAAAUGUGUAGGAUCAUAGUUUGAUUUAUUUAGCUCUGCCUCUAUUAGGUCAAUUGAAUAGAUAAACCCCAGUAUGCUGAAGAAAGGCAACAGGAAGUACAUCUAUAGAAAGUUAGGUACACCGUUAUUCUUUCAGUACAUUUUUAACUAUGGUCAGCCAUUCACAGUGAAAUGUUAGAAAUAUAAGAGAAAAAAAAUAGAAAGUGUGGGUCCAAAAAGAGGACACAGCUGAGAAUGAAAAAGAAAAUACAAAUAAGAUUGAAAAAGAAAAGUGCAGCAAUUUGUAAUACUUUCAUAACUUUGACAAUCACUAGUUUACCAAUUGCACCAGCAUAAUAAUAUUUUGGUAGUUUAUGAGUCUGCUAUAUACAUUUUAUAUAGGAGACAUUUUUGUAAAAGAAAGCUAAUGAUCUUGUUUUUCCAUUCAUUCUUGUGGUUUUAAAAAUGUAUCAUAAACUUUGUGUAAUCCGGUAAUGCUGUUUGCAGUGUAGAUGUAAAUGUGAAACGAAAAGUAAACAUUUCAGUAAAUAUGUUGAUGUUGAUUGUGAUGUAGUACUUUAAUUAAAGGGUAUAAAUAUGGUA